CGUCAUCGUUACAUUUCCUAAAAGGGACCGCGUUAACAAAUGAAUGUUAUACACAGAAAGCUGUGUCACAUUUAUAGCAUCUGACUCAGACACUGACGAUAAACAAGAUGAACAAAUACAGGAAGCAGAUGGCAGAGCAGUUCCUGAGUCAGGCCCUGGGUAUCAUCUGCCUGCUGACUGGAGAGGAAUAUGCCAUUGUGAAGAAGAGGGCCCCCCACAGCGGCAUUCACCGGCAGAGCAGAGAGGUGCCUAUAAAGUGUGAUGACGUUGCCGUGUAUUUCUCUAUGGAGGAGUGGGAGUAUAUAGAGGGGCACAAGGAUCUUUACAAAGACGUCAUGAUGGAGACUCACCAAGUACCAAGGACUAUGGAGAUCCCAGGAAAUGAGAGCUCAGAACUAACAGGUGACAAUGAUGAGAAUCUAGAAACAGCAGCACAUGCAGAACUUGUACAGAACGUUCAGCCAGUGCAGACCCCAUCAGAUGUCUCUUCAGAACUAACCGGUGACAGUGAAGAACAUCUAGACAGAGCAGCACAUGCAGAACAGAAUAUCCAGCCAUUAGAUGUCUCUGCAGACGAUAUUAACAAUGACGAAGAUGUUAAAACAGAAGAUCUGAGUGUAACGUGUCAUCCGGAUUCUCCAAUGCAGGAAAUGUGUUACAGCAACAGUGCAGGUAAUAAUGAUGCUACGAUUUUAUGUAACACGGAACACACAGAAGAUCAGUGGCAAAGCAAUAUCAGAGAAGCUGCAGAACAGGACAUUUUUGAGUAUAGUGGUACAGAUGUUAAGACUGAAGUCACACUUAAUGCUGAACAGACUAAUGAUCUGGAAGCUCUGAUGCAGGAAAUCGGUCACAAUAUCAGAACAGAUGCAUUCACAAACUGGAGGAAUCCUACUCAUGGUCAUACUUCAGAUGCUUCUCUCAAGCUUCUUCAAAAUCAAAGUGGCCACAUAAGAAAUAUAUGUUCUGAAUGUGGGAAAUGUUUUACCAGGAGAUCAACUCUUAUUACUCAUCAGAAAAUUCAUACAGGAGAGAAAGAGUUUUGCUGUUCUGACUGUGGGAAAUGUUUUAAUCGGAAAACGAAUCUUAUUGCUCAUCAGAAAAUUCAUACAGGAGAGAAAGCCUUUUCCUGUUCUUACUGUGGGAAACGUUUUAUUCAGAAAUCAACCCUCACUACUCAUCAGAAACUUCAUACAGUAGAGAAAGCAUUUUCAUGUUCUGAAUGUGGGAAAUGUUUUAGCCUGAAACGAUAUGUUGUUAUUCAUCAGAAAAUUCAUAAUAAAGGUAGGAAAUCAGAUUGUCGUCUCUUAAAGGGUCAGUCUACUUGAUUUUUUUUAUUGUUUAAAAAGAUAGAUAAUGCCUUUACUAUCCAUUGGGAUGGGUUAUAAAGAGCCUAUCUAUCUUUUUAAACAAUAACUAUUUUAGUAGUAGACUGUCCCUUUAAGUGCAGAGGGCGACACUUAGUCAUCGUCUACACAAUAGGGUAUAUUUAUAGUGCGAGCGGACAUGAUACGAUGUAGCGUAUCAUGUCCGCUGCACACCGUUAAAUGCAGACAGUAAACGCUGUCGGCAUUUAUCAUUGCACAAGCAGUUCUUGUGAACUGCUGGUGCAAUGCCGCCCCCUGCAGAUUUGCGGCCAAUCGGCCACUAGCAGGGAUCGUCAAUCAACACGAUCGUAUUCAAUCGGGUUGAUUUCUGUCUGCGGCCUCAGAGCAGACGGACCUGUUAUGGAGCAGCAGUCUUUAGACUGCUGCUUCAAAACUUCUGUUUCCGGCUAGCCUUCAGGCUCGCCGGAAACAAGGGACAUCAAGCUCCAUACGGUGCUUGAUAAAUCAGCCCCAUGGUCUUAUGAUGACUACAUGGCAUCAUCCUGGUAGCCAAUUUGAAGCUAAUCGCCCACUUCCCCGUACCUCAAGUAGUUACGAGGUGGCCCAGAAUAUUCAGUGAUGUUGGUGACAUCAUGCUGCUGCAGGCUAGAAAAGGGAUCUAGAUGGGCCUUUGCUCUUGGGUUUUUCUAGUUCUUAAUGGAGCUAUUACCUGAUCUUUCAAAUGGUGUGUUACUUGGGGAUAAAAAGUUUAAGCACAAUCUAAAAAAAAUAAUAAGAAAAACAUUGUGGUGAAGGGGUCUUUAGAAAGAUUUAAUAAGCCACUAAAAGGCUGAGAGACCCCUAAAACCAUUUGCUUUAAAGUCCCCAUAUACAGUACUGUGCAAAACUCUUAGGCCACCAUUUGAUUGGUUGUUUUAGCAAUGGUAUUAUGAGCAUAUAUAAUUAUUUCUCAAUCUCUUUAUUAGAAUACAACCAGAAAAAUACUGUAUAUUUGUAUGCAGUAUUAAAAAAUGGAAACAAAUCAGAAAAAACAGCUUCUAUAGGCUAAAGUGUCAAGUAUUAGUGUGACCUCCCCUUACACUUGAGCAAUAGCAGGAACCUGCCUCUCGUAAACCUAAAUGGAAUGGAACCCUAAUUAAUGUCAUUGCUAACACCUGUAUUGGUCCUACUAUUUCAUGUCGAAAUGACUGCUGUGAAAAAGGUCUAUUACACCAGGUUUGUGCAAGACUUGCUUGAGCAUUCCAUACACAUGUGGUAUGACUUUAAUUCAUUGGAAGUUUGCUAAUAAGAGCAACUUUCAGUCACAUCAUUCAAUUUAAAAUGCUAAAGAUCACAGAUAUUGCAUCAGCAAGGCCUCUCUCAAAAGGAAUUCAGCAAACAAACUGGAUACUCAAGAUGUGGUAUUCAAGCUGUUAUAAAGAAAUUUGAAGAAUCAGGAGAGGUCAAUGACAAAAAAAAGUACUGGAAGGCCAAGAAAACUUUCAAAAUCUGAUGAGAAGUUUGUCAAAGUUUCUUCUUUGAUAGACCCGGAAGUUAUCUAGCAAGGACCUGGGUCAGCAUCUAGCAGCUUCAUCGGGAUGCCAAGUUGAUCCUUCUACAGUCCAAAGAAGCUUGAUCAGGAAUAGUUUGUGGAAGGACAGCAGCCAAGAAACCACUUUUUCGGAAGGGGAACAGGGUGAAAAGGCUAAGAUAUGCUAAAGGUCACAAAGAUUGGAAUGAAGAUCAGUGGAAAAGAGUAUUAUGGAGUGACAACUCCAAUGGAAUUUUUGGGUCCAAUCUUCAACAGUAUGUGAGAAGAAGAGUUGGAGAGAGAUGGAAGAAUGAGUGCUUGCGGUCUUCAGUGAAACAUGGUUGAGGGUCUGUCCUGAUUUGGGGCUGCACUUCUGCCAGUGGUGUUGGUGAUAUUGUCCGAAUUGAUGGGAUCAUGAAUGCUGAAAAGUACAGACAGGUUUUAAUUUGUCAUGCCAUUCCUUCUGGAAAGCACCUGAUUGGGGAUGGUUUUAUUUUUCAGCAUAAUAAUGAUCCCAAGCACACUGCUAAUGCAGUGAAAUCAUAUUUGGAGAGAAAAACAGCUGAUAAAUCACUGACAGUCAUGGACUGACCUCCACAGAGUCCAGACCUGAAUAUUAUAUAGGCAGUAUGGGAUCACCUGGACAGAGAAAGAAAUGAGACAACCUAAAUCUAAAGAAGAACUCUGGGAAGUGCUGAAAGAAGCCUGAUAUAAUAUACCAGAAGAUUACUUCAGAAAACUUCAGGACAGUCUCCCCAAAAAGAGUUCAAGAUGUGUUUAGUGCCAAGGAAGGUCACAUUAAAUGCUGACUUUUACCUGAAGAAGCCAUGGAUGGCCAUUAAAACUUUGCUAAAACAACAUCUAAUUAAGACUUUUGCAGAGUACUGUAGGUUUGAAUAGACAGAUGAGCACUGUGGGGUUAUAGUGAGCACCUUGUGUAAAUAAAAAGGUGCAUCUUUUUGAGCAGAGUCCCUAUGUGAAGAUCAGAUUUAUAUACAUGUGCACAUUUUUCUAUCUGUAAGUUAAAAUGACUGAGUGAAUAGGUGUACGGGUUAACAUUAAGAAGCAUCAUCAGUGCUUCCAUAAGUUCUUGUUUGUGUUGCAGGAUGAAACCUAAGUCUUUAACUCUUUGAUAUCUAAUCAUUGUAUGCAUGAAAUGUAACAAACAAUACAUUUUUCUUUUUUA